AUGAGCUGUCCAGAAUUCAGUUUUUACCGACGUUCAGGUAUCCAGCGACUGCGAUUGACAAAUGAUGGGAGAUCUAAUAUGGGCUUACAAAAAGAUCAACAGCGAGAAUUUGAAUUUGCGGUAACUGGUCAUAAGAAACGUGAAUGUAGGAAAAGAAAAACUUGUUACCAGUGGAUGUUAGCUUGUCCCAGCACGUCGCAAGACGAUUCUUUUGAAAUUGAUGAAAUAAAUUCGGAAAAACUGCGAUCACUGUCGCCUAUUCUUGUUGAUAAUACUCAUACAAGAUCGGGAUUGUGUUCAUCUACUUUUCUUAAGGAUUCUAAGUUAAAAUCAGUAUCGUUGGAAUGCUCUAGCCUGACAAACCUAGAAUUACUUGGCCAUAGAUAUUCUAGGAAUCGGACUGCUACUAGUUUCUCGGAGAUAUCAUGUUCGGAAAAAUCACACACAUCAUCAAAUGCAAGUCCGUCUUUUCAAUUCGAAGACAUGGCUUCAACCGCAGGGAGUUCAAAUUUAAAAGCGCAUUUUGCAACUACUACUCACAAUGAAUUUGAAAAGGAAUCAAAAGUCAUAUUUGCAAGCUGCGAUUCAAUUUGUACAAAUUGUGAUGAAAAUGAUGAUGUAGAUAGUGACUGGACGACAGUCCCAGAUUCGCCUCCUCUUGAGGUGGUUCUUUCUUCAGCAAGCAAUCACUUUUCUAAUACCUCUUCAACUCUUUUAGAAACAUUUCCUUCAUUUGAAGAUAAUGAUGACGACGAAAGGUUGUCUGACAUCAGUAUAUUUAGUUCUCGUCCGUUAUCUGAGAAAUCUAAUUCCCAGGUGCCUUCGGAAAGCGACAGUGAUAUUUUUCGAGAGCAUAAUGAUGAUGUUGAUGAUUCAGAAACUGUCUGUGGUAACGAUUCUAUCGGGGAUUUGCUAAUCCAUGAGGUUGAGCCCGAUGAUGCAAAUGUUGGGGAUGAAAUUCUGGCAGAAAGCAUUCCUUCAACAACAGCGUUACAGUCCAGAAAAAACGAUAGCGAAGAAGUGCCCUUCCAUAAGCCAUGUCAUCGACUAAGUAAGUUGGCAGAAACACUCAGAAAACGGAUGCUUCUCAGCUCUUCAGAUUUGGCGAUGUGGAAAUGUGAAAAUCCGAAAGAACAACCUGUCAAAAAGGUUGCAGUUGCCUCUACGAUCAUACAAUGGGGUAUAUACUGGACGUUGUUAAAAAGUGUUGAGGAUUCUGGUACUACUCAUACUUUUGAUUCCCAGCCUAUGAGAAAGAGCAGUCAUGCACGGAGUAUAGAACAUACUGAUAAACAAAGCGGUGGGAACAUCAGUCAGGAGUUAUUCUCAGAGCAAGAGGUAUUCUUUCUGUAUCAACCUUUAUCUAAAUUAAAUACACCUGCAGGUGAGUUUAUUCUAGCUCCUCGUUACUAUCGUUAG